UCACAAAAAACAGCUGAUUAAUAAAAACAAUGAUUUUCGGAAUGAGAUGAAUUAUUGAAAAUAUAGGAUUUAAUAAGUUUAAAGGUACUUUUGAAUGUGACUUUUAGCAAAUAAUGCAAAAUUAUUUAACUUUCAUUGCAUCAAUUAACUAUGACAAUGCAAGAUGAAGAACUGACCGCAGUUAAUGCUAACGUAGAUUACAAAGAGAUUUUGCCUAUACAACAAAAACGGACUAUAGCCUUCGUAAACCAUUUUCUAAUGAACACGGUGUCUUAUUUAAAUAAUUUCGCGCAAUCCUGUGAAUCGCGCUUCAUGGAAUUCGAAUAUAAAAUCCAAAAAAUUGAGGCUUCUUUACUUAUUUUAGAAGCUCAGUUAUCCUCAAUACCUGGUCUUGAAACGAAAACUGUUUUACCUGAAAAUGACCUUAAUGAAGUAGGUUCCACAAACGAAACGAAUAAAAUUAAUCAAGAAAAUAUUGAUAAUGAUAAAGGUCCUGCAUCCAGUGAAGUGGACACAAAUCCUGUUAUCACAGAAAAUCAGAGUGAAGUCACGACAGAUGCAAUAAAAAUUUGCGAUGAUCCUAGAUUUGCUAAAUUCUUUAAACUGUUACAUGUCGGUGUACCUGCACAAGCUGUAAAAUUAAAAAUGCAGACGGAGGGUUUAGAUCCCACCCUAUUAGAUAAUCCAGAUGCUUUAGCUCCAGAAUCCUCUAUUGAACCUGAAGGUACAUAACACAUAUUCCUUUGUAUUUUACUCGUAUUUUUUAUAAGAAAUCAAAACCUAUUUGUACAAAGACGUUAUUGAAAUUUAUAUAAGAUUAAAUAAAAAUACAAAUUUUA